UCUUUUUUAACAGUUAACAGACUACCAAUAUUCAUGUAUAAACCUACCAAUAAUAUUCAUUUAUAAAAGGAUUUUAUUGAAAUUACUAAUUCUCAUGUGUAAUAUUGUUUUGUUUUCAGGAUAGAUGUACCUUAAUUGAUAGCCACCCAAAAAUGUGCUGAAUUUACAACAUGGAUGACAACUCUUUUAAAUGUUCCGUGUGCAGCUAUACAAGCAUGAAAAGUGUGCAAUUAAAAAGGCAUAUGUUAAAAACGCACACAGGAGAGAAAAAAUUUAAUUGUUCCCUGUGCAACUAUGCAAGUAUAAGAAAAGGGAAUUUACAAACACAUAUGUUAACUCACGCAAGUGAAAAACCAUAUAAGUGUUCCCAAUGCAGCUAUGCAUGUGUUACAAAACGGCAGUUAGAAAAUCAUGUAUUUACUCACACAGAGGAGAAACCAUUUAAGUGUUCCCAAUGCAACUAUACAAGUGUUACAAAACGGCAUUUUCAAAAUCAUGUAUUUACUCACACAGGUGAGAAACCAUUUAAGUGUUCCCAAUGUAGCUAUGCAAGUGUUACAAAACGGCAGUUACAAACUCAUGUAUUUACUCACACAGAAGAGAAACCAUUUAAGUGUUCCCAAUGUAGCUAUGCAUGUGUUACAAAACAGCUGUUACAAAAACAUGUGUUUACUCACACAGAAGAGAAACCAUUUAAGUGUUCCCAAUGCAGCUAUGCAAGUGUUACAAAAUGGCAUUUAGAAAAUCAUGUAUUUACUCACACAGAAGAGAAACAAUUUAGGUGUUCGCUGUGCAUCUAUUCAUGUACUCUGAAGGAGCAUCUAAGAAGACAUAUGUUAACACACACGGGAGAGAAACCGUUUAAGUGUUCCCUGUGCACUUAUUCAUGUACUCAGAAGAGGCAUCUAAGAAAUCAUAAGUUAACCCAUACAGAAGAGAAACCGUUUAAGUGUUUUCUGUGCACCUAUUCAUGUAUUCAGAAGGAGUGUCUAAGAAGACAUAUGUUAACUCAUACAGGCGAGAAACCAUUUAAGUGUUCCCUGUGCACCUAUUCAUGUAUUCAGAAGGAGUGUCUAAGAAGACAUAUGUUAACUCAUACAGGCGAGAAACCGUUUAAGUGUCCCUUGUGCGACUAUAGAAAUAUUUUGAAAGUUAUGUACAGAAGACAUAUGUUAACUCACAUUGGUGAGAAACCAUUUAAGUGUUCCUUGUGUGAUUAUGGAAGUAUUGUGAAGAGUAAUGUACAGAACCAUAUGUUAACUCACAUUGACUUCUACCCAUUUAACCUGUUCAAGUCGUGCAAGAAGCCCGUCGUAAUCUACGCGAUAGGAGUGAGGGAGGGGCCGGCCGAAUCAGCUUAUAUCUGUCCGUCCACCCCUCCCCCGCCUACGACCACCCGCACACACACAACAGCCAUCCUGUGA